CGCACACCGCUACUCCAGUCACGGGAGGGAGCGACCCCCUGCACUGCACUGCACUGUCCACCGCAACAACUACCACCAACACUAAUAGCACCAACAAUACCACCACCAACGACAACAACACCUUCACCUACACUGGCAGCAGCAGCAGCAGCAGCAGCAGCAACAACAGCUCCGUCGCCGCGUCGUUGGAAGUGAGGAGAGGUGGGGCACAGGGGAAUUCUUCGUCUUCGUCUUUGGCCGGUGCCUCGUGACGCUCCCCCCGACACAUGAUUACAAUACAAGGGACAUACAUACACGUGAUUUUUUGUUUUCUGGCUUCUAGAAAAAGGCGCGGCUCAACGUGUCUCUCACUUUGUGCAGUUUUCGACAGAGAUGCUCACAUCAAUCUGAAAACACUUGGAACACCUUGAUUACUUUUCCAAACCUCGCACAAAAGCUUGGCAACAUAAUUUCUGUGCAUUUAGAAACAGAAAGUCUCGACUACACCUGUUUGCAGUAAAUAGGUGCGCGCAGAAACUUCAUAAUUCUGCAGACGUUUGAUUUAUAUUACGGAUUUCUGUCUGGAAAUUCAAAAUUCGUUUUCUUACUCUGUCCUGAACAUCAGAACGUGUGAUUCUGCGUGUAUUCCAUUCCUGGCUGCGAGAAAAGACUCAGACUGUUCAAGAUGAGCUCGUCCAAGCCAAAUGUCAAGGUCAAGCCGCCAGCGGAGAAGGACGCGGGUGACCUUGACCAUGACCUUGACCUGGAGGCCCCGGAUGUGUCCGACACCAGCUGCGGGAUGUACAAGUGUCACCCAAGGGUCAUGCAGCCGUGCGCCAGCAUUGGCUGCUUCACGGGUAUCUACAGCUUCGCCGGUCUCAUGACGUCAACACUUUCCAUUUACGUGAACUCACAGGUGACCACCCUAGAGCGACAGUUCGGCUUCAACUCUCACCAGACCGGCAUCAUAAUGGCCGCCAACGACAUUGGUUAUCUCGCCUGCGUCCUUUUCGUCAGCUACUCGGCCUCUCGUCUCCACAUUCCAAGAUCUUUAGGUUACGCUACCAUGAUGUUCGGCCUCUCGGGGCUGGUGUGCUGCAUUCCUCACUUCCUGUACGGAGCCAGAUACAGCGUGGCCGCCAUGACCGGAAGUGACAAUGUGACGUCAGAAGUCACGGAAAGCACGUCCAAAAAGGAUUCGAUAUACGGGGACCUGUGUAAUCUCAGGAAUAUCACGGACAAUAGUUGUGCAGCUC